CCCAUCUCUCAUCAUCUCUUCCUAUACAAAACCCUAAAACAAAGAAGAAGAAGAAUUAGCUAAUGGGCGUCACCAUGUUACAAAUCUUCUAUGUUUCCGUACUCGUUUCCGUAUUUUUACCGUAUGCAGAUUCAGUAAACUUCAAUUACCCAACGGUCUUCAAUUUCGGAGAUUCGAAUUCCGAUACGAGCAAUCUCGUUGCCGGCCUCGGCGUCCGGCUCGAUCCUCCUAAUGGCCAAAAUUACUUCAAAACUCCUUCGGGAAGAUUUUCCGACGGUCGUCUUCUCAUAGAUUUCCUAAUGGACGCAAUGGACAUGCCGUUUCUGAAUGCGUAUCUGGAAUCGUUAGGGUUACCAAAUUUCAGAAAAGGUUGCAACUUUGCAGCAGCAGGAUCCACCAUUCUCCCUGCAAACCCUACCUCUGUCUCUCCCUUCUCUUUCGGCGUCCAAAUCUCUCAAUUCCUCCGGUUCAAGUCAAGAUCUCUUGAAUUGAUUGCAAAACCAGGAAGGAAGUAUGAGAAGUACGUGCCAGCAGAAGAUUACUUUGGAAAGGGGCUAUACAUGAUCGACAUUGGCCAAAACGACAUCGCUGGUGCCUUCUACUCCAAGACUCUCGACCAACUCAUCGCUUCUUUUCCCUCCAUUCUUGAAGAGUUUGAAUCUGGACUCAAGAGGUUGUACGAACAAGGAGCUAGAAACUUCUGGAUACACAACACAGGUCCACUAGGGUGUUUGGCGCAAAACGUUGCAAAGUUCGGAACAGAUCCAUCGAAGCUUGAUGAGUUCGGUUGCGUCAGUGGCCACAACCAGGCAGCCAAACUCUUCAAUCUCCAACUCCACGCCCUCUCCGCCAAGUUUCGAGGCCAAUUCCCCGACUCCAACGUCACUUACAUCGAUAUUUUCUCGAUCAAAUCCAAUCUCGUCGCCAAUUAUUCCCGCUUCGGUUUUGAGCAGUCGAUAAUGGCGUGUUGUGGAAUCGGAGGACCGCCAUUGAACUAUGACAGCCGUAUCUCUUGUGGCCAAACCAAGAUCUUGGAUGGAAACCCGAUUACGGCCACAGCUUGCAACGAUAGUUCCGAGUACAUAAAUUGGGACGGAAUUCAUUACACCGAAGCCGCUAACCAAUUCGUUUCAUCUCAAAUCCUAACCGGAAAAUAUUCCGAUCCCCCAUUUUCUGAUCAGAUGCCAUUUCUUCUAACUUUGAAAUUCUAAUCAUUGUUUAUUUUUUUCAUGUUAUUGGCUUUUGACAUUGAAUAAAUUAACCCGCAUUAUUUGGAGA